AUGUCAAGCACAUAUCUAGACAAAGAGCUCAAAACAGUUCAAGCCCGUGAAAAGCAGGCGUACAUGCAUCUUCGCAGACAAUUCGGCCUCGGUACCCCCAUCCCAGAAGAAGCAGAACAAGACACUUCAUCAACAUCUAUUCCUCCUCCACCUAUCCCCCCUCAUAAUCCAGCUCGCGGGACGCACUAUGCAUAUCCCACGAACCCCAAAGAUUGUCGUGCCCGUAUUGACUUACCACUUGGAAAGAAUAGUACCUCGCAAGAGCAGCAGGCACCGCAGCAGGAUGUGUGUGUAGGUUCGUUUACGACAGAUGCUAUACUCAAGACACCAAGCAGCAGAAACCCCGCUACAAGUUAA